ACCAAGGUAAAAAAAAAAAGUUAUACAUAGAACUGAGAAAAAAGAAUAAGCUUAAAGAUGGAGAUUCAGUCUUCUAAAAUACUUGUUUUAUGUUUGGUUAUGUUUUGUUUAAGUGUACAGCUAGAAGGGCAGCUUCAAAAUGACUUUUACUGUAACACAUGCCCAUCAGCUGAGCGUAUUGUUAUGGAAGAAGUUAGGAAUGCAUUUAUGAAUGACAAAGGAAUUGCCCCUGGUCUUAUUAGAAUGCACUUUCAUGACUGUUUUGUUAGGGGUUGUGAUGCUUCUAUUCUCAUUGACUCCACUUCCUCGAACACAGCUGAGAAAGAUUCACCAGCAAACAAUCCUAGCCUUCGAGGGUUUGAAGUUAUCGACAAUGCAAAGGCUAGACUUGAAAGUCAAUGCAAAGGAGUUGUUUCAUGUGCUGAUAUAUUAGCUUUCGCAGCAAGAGACAGCGUAAUACUAACAAGAGGGAGGGGAUACAAUGUUCCAGCAGGAAGAAGAGAUGGAAGAGUCUCUUUAAAUUCAGAAGUAUUCCAAAACAUCCCAGGACCCGGAUCCAAUGUUUCUGUACUUACUCAACGUUUUGUCAAUAAAGGCUUGACAAAGGAAGAAAUGGUCACACUCUCAGGAGCUCAUACAAUUGGCCGAUCUCAUUGCACAUCCUUCAGCAAUAGGAUAUUCAACUUCGGUGGGACAAACGGAGCAGAUCCAACUCUGGAUUCAAACUAUGUAACACAGUUACAACAACAAUGCCCACAAGGAAGCACAAAUUCUGGCCUGGUGGUUCCAAUGGAUCCUGUGACCCCAUUUACAUCAGAUGUAAACUAUUACCAAGACGUCUUAGCGAAUCGAGGCUUGUUCACAUCUGAUCAGACACUAUUGACAGACUCUACCACACUAAGUGAGGUGAACCAGAAUGCAGGAAAUCAGUACUUGUGGCUUAACAAGUUUGCUGCUGCAAUGGUAAAGAUGGGGCAGAUUGAUGUUCUUACUGGCUCUGAUGGAGAAAUUAGGGAAAACUGUAGAGUAAUUAAUUAAGAAAGAUGGGUAUAUUUAUCAAGUGAAGGAGAAUAAUUUCUCUUAAAUGUAAUAAUUUUACUUUCCAUUUCCUUAAUCAAUUUUAUCUUUUGUUGGAUUGCUUCAUAGGAGAGUUUGUUCCUCAGUCUCAAUCAAGUGUACUUUGUAGAAAUCAUGUGCAAUUAUAAUUUAU